AUGGUACAAAGAAAACUUGAAAACAAGUUCACUUACUUUCUUCGGGAUCCUCGCGUCACAAGCAACCUUCCAUCCAGAGUUGAUAAUCUUUCACCUGAAAAAAUCUGGGAAACGUUUUUGUCGGCGAUUUUCUAUGUGGGUAAAGGGAAGAGAUCCAGGCCUUACCAGCACCUUUAUGACGCCGUCCAACUCUGGAAAACUCAGGAAUCUCCUUCAAGUAAAAAAAUCGCAGUUUUGUUUGUUUAUUUGUUUUUUAAACAUGUUUGGAAUGAUGGAGGUGGUGUGAUAUGCUUACAUGUUUUUCUCAACAAUAUUCCGGUGGAAGCUUACACUAGAGAAGCUGUCAUGAUUGGUGCUUUGGGUUUGGAGAACUUGACCAAUGCAAAAGGUGGAGAAUUUUACGGUGUUGCCGCUAUCUGGAUGAGCAGACAGAAAAGAAUGCUAGGUGUUUAUUUAUUGUACAGAGCGAUGGGGAUUUUUCUGAACGAAGGUGAAAGACAACUAUAUCCAGAGGAUAUUAAUUAAAUUUUGUGUGACGUGAAGUAUAUAAAAAUAAUUUAAGAAUAUCUAUUUUAAUUUUACUCAUAUUGGG